GUACAACAACAGAUGACGUCAUCGCACACAUACCUCCAUAGGCCAUAAGACGUCCAUGUAACACUUCCAGGUAACACUGCCAUGGCCACCGCCGUACUCGUCGCUGCUGUGGUCGGUGGUGGCGUCCUUCUUCUCAUGCGCCGCCUGUUCCCCCGUCAGCACGCCAUGAAGCUGCUCCAGUACCCGGCGGACACGAUGCGCGGGAAAACGGUCAUCGUGACCGGAGCUAACAGCGGCAUCGGGAAGGCCCUCGCCGGGGAGCUACUGAAGCUCCAGGCUCGGGUCAUCAUGGCCUGUCGGGAUCGGGAGAGGGCGGCGGAGGCAGCCCGGGACAUCCAGGAGCAGUCCGGGUCGAUAUGCGGGGAGGUGGUCGUCAAAGAGCUGGACCUCGCAUCGCUCAAAUCAGUCCGGAAGUUUUGCCAGGAAAUCCAAGAAGAAGAAGCAACUGUCGACGUCCUGGUCAACAACGCGGGCAUCUACCAGUGUCCCUAUGCCAAGACCGAGGAGGGCUUCGAGAUGCAGCUGGGUGUCAACCACCUGGGCCACUUCCUGCUCACUCACCUGCUGCUGGACCUCCUGAAGAGGUCGGCCCCCAGCCGCAUCGUCGUGGUCUCAUCCAAACUGUACAAGCACGGCCGCAUCAACUUCGAGGACCUGAACAGCGAGCGUGAUUACGACAAGGCCUUCUGCUACAGCCAGAGCAAGUUGGCCAACCUGCUAUUCACCCUGGAGCUGGCGCAGCAGCUGGAGGGCACGGGGGUGACGGUCAACGCGCUCACCCCCGGCAUCGUGAGGACCCGGCUGGGCAGGCACGUGCACAUCCCGCUCCUGGCAGGGCCGCUCUUUUCCCUGGCGUCCAUGCUCUUCUUCAAGAGUCCGCUGGAGGGGGCCCAGACCCCGCUUUAUCUGGCAUGCUCCUCGGAGGUGCAGGGGGUGUCGGGGAAGUGCUUCGCCAACUGCGAGGAGGAGGAGCUGCUGGCUAAAGCUACAGACGCACAGGCGGCUAAAAAACUGUGGGAUAUAAGCAGGAAGAUGGUUGGACUGGAUGACCAAUGAUAAUGUUAAUAUAUAAAUCUAUUAAACGUGCUCUUAACUUCA